AUGAAAUCAGAAAUAAAUAAAGUCAAUUCCAAGUGGAUUGAUCCUCCGGCUCCUCCCUCGCCUCUUCUUCUUUUUAAGCUUUGGCGAGGGAUUUGGAACUCAACUAAACAGGCCAUUCUUCUUUUCUAUUUUAGAAUCGAUGCCAUUCAAGUUAAGCCAUUCAGCGCGAUCACUUCAAAUCCGAUGAGAGACGCGGUCGCCUGCUUCGGCCACCAAGCCGUCAAGGUCGUUGAAUCCACCUGCUCCGGCGGCGGGCUCACCUCCUCCUUCCACCGCCCCUCUCCGCCCCCGCCGGAGAACACCGUCUCCUUCUCCUACCGCGCCUCCCUCUCCUCCCGCAAGCAGCUCCUCAUCGACCUCACCUGGCGCCGGAUUCCAUCCGGCGACGCCUCCCUCGCCGUCGCCGUCGAUCUGGAGGGCUCCUCCUCCGCUGCCUCUCACCGCGUGACCCUGCGCAAGAAGGGGAGCCGGGCGUUCUGCGCAGGGACCGUCGCCUGUUCGAUCCACUGGGACGUCUCCGCCGCCAAGUACGACGGCGCGGCGCCGGAUCCGGCGAAGGACUUCUACCUUGUGAUGGUCGCCGACCAGGAGCUGGUCCUCCGGCUCGGAGAUCUGAGCGGGCAUAUCGUCGAACGCCUGCCGCGCGCGGUCGAGCACCGCGCUGUACUCUACGCCCGGCGCGAGCGGGUGUUCGGCGCCACACAUCACUCGACCAAGGCGAUUUUCCGCGACGGCGGCCGCGAGCACGAGGUGAUGGUGCGGUGCAAAGGGCCCGCAGGAGGCGACGGCGAGCUAUACUUCUGCGUCGAUCGGAAGAGGUUAAUCGACGUGAGGGAGGUGAAAUUGAACUUCAGGGGAAACCGGUCGAUUUACCUCGACGGAUCGGUGAUCGACGUGCUGUGGGACGUGCACGACUGGUGGUUCCGUGGAUCGUCCCCCGCCGCCUCAUCCGCUGCCAGCGGCGGCGCAAACUUCAUGUUCCGGACGAGGAGCGCGAGGGAGAGCACGCUGUGGUGGGAGACGGAGGCGGCCAAAGGUGCGCCUCAAUUCACUCUCUUGAUCCAGGUUUUCAAGAACUGA